AUGGAUUACUCUUACUCGUACGCGCCUUUUGCGGAGACCCCCGCGGGAGAGACCGCUGUGACAUUAGGGACAUAUGAAAAUGAGAAUGAAGAGCGAAAAGCAGAAGAGGGUUCACCUUCGCUGGCGUACCCAAACCACUCGAGGGUGCCGAGAGUACGCCGGGCCUCCAGAAGGCGCGCAGUGGAGCAGGGAGAAGGAAGUUUUCGUUCAUACAGGACACGGAAAAUUGCCCGAGGCGCCAAGGUAGAUCCACUGAUUGUCGCCGCUGGACUUGUGCUUGUUUCCCUGCUGGCAUUCCAUGGCGUGAGGCAGGUUGUUCAGCGAGCUACGGCCCCGCCACUCCACUUGAAAUCGGCCGAUGGAAAAACGCCUGCGAGCAGUGCAGUAGCAACGGAGAAGAAAGAUCGAGAGGCUGCUCAGAACCUACAGACACAAGCGGGAGGAGUGCAUUCUCGCGCUGUGGGCGAGUCUACUCCAUCAAAAAACAUUAUCCAGCAUUUUUUCGCUACGAUGCCGUGGGGGAAAUUCGUGGUGGAGCACUUCCCUGUAGUCUUGGCGCUGUACUCGCCUGUUCUAGCCAUCACCUUUGCCAUAGCCUCAUUUUACCUCAGGGAAGUGCCAGGAGCUAUGGAUAAGGUUUUGGGCCUCUUCAGAAAACAAGAUGUCACUAAAGUGGUCGCCAACGCCAAAGUCCUGCUCGGCAGUACCGUGACGACGCUUGAGUCGCUGGAAGAACUGCAACGGAAAAACAAAUAG